AUGAAACAUGCCUCAUCUCGAAGUCUGGCAUUUUCCAGGCGAAGAUCCUCAAAGGAAAUCCCACCAAGCAUAGCUGGCCCUCCACAAUUAGGGCAAAUCAGAGUUCGCAAUUCUGCUUACCUAGUUUAUUCCAUAAUGGUGGAACUGUCUUUGUUGAAUCUGCCUUAUGAGUUGAUCAUAAAAAUCUUAUGUAGCGUUGCGGCAUCAAGUUUGGCUGAUUUAUUACGCGUCAAAGAAAGUUGCAAAGGAUUAUAUGAAGCGGCUGAAAACGAGAUGGUAUAUAGAGCCAUAUCGUUAGAAAAAGUUCCAAUUAGUUCAUGGGGUAUGACGGAAACAAAGUUAACCUUGUUAGAGAAAUGCAGGUUGAAUGAGAAUCCAGAAUCCUUAUAUAGAGAAGGAGUGAUGCAAUAUUUUGAAUGGAACCCUAAACCUGAACAGGGUCUAACAUGUCUACGGAGAGCGGCAGGAGUUGGACAUUAUAAAGCUUCAUACAUACUAGGAAUUAUUUUGCUAUGCUGUGAGGAUAAGUGCAAACAAGAAGAGGGGAUGGAAUUAAUUGAUCUUGUGAUGAAGACGAAAAAGCUAACAGAGAGUAGAAUGAAACUGGGAGAUAUUUUACGUAACAUCUGGUUGGGUAGUGUAAAAUUGGAAGAAAGACCCAAUACUUGUCCAAUGAGAAAUCAACACGAAAAAGAAGAAGGGUGGGAGCCUUUGGAUCCUGAUUUUGACGAGAUUAGCUGCCGGGAAUGUAGUUGCAUCCGUGAAGUUAAAUAUGUGCGUGGACUGUUUAGAGGCCGAUGA